UUAGCCGAUAUUCACACCGAAGUUUCCUCAAACCACAAACUACAAUCACAUUCACGUCAACUAACUGCGUGUCGUUUAGAGCAGUAACCUGAAAAGAUUUGCGUUAGAUCUGUGUGUGGGGCAAAUCCUCUUGUCAAAUUUGCUCCAGAAUUGAAGCCCUUUUCGUAUUAUUGAUUAAUUGCCGAGAACUGAGAUUCGAGCAGCCGACGUGAUGGAUAAAUCAAGUUCGUGGGCGCACGCGCUGGGGCAUAUAUCUCCUUACGCAUAUUCUGCUGUGGGCAUUGGCAUUGCCAUUGGGAUUUCUGUAUUGGGUGCUGCCUGGGGCAUAUAUAUAACGGGGAGCAGUCUUAUUGGGGCCGCUAUUAAAGAACCUCGAAUUACAUCUAAGAAUCUGAUUAGUGUAAUCUUCUGUGAAGCUGUGGCCAUAUACGGAGUUAUUGUGGCUAUUAUUCUACAGACAAAGCUAGAGAGUGUUCCGUCUGCAAAUACAUUUAAUGCAGAGUCUAUGAGAGCAGGGUUUGCUAUAUUUGCAUCUGGCAUCAUUGUGGGUUUUGCCAAUCUAGUUUGUGGAGUUUGUGUUGGCAUAAUUGGAAGUAGCUGUGCACUUGCAGAUGCCCAAAAUUCUUCACUCUUUGUGAAAAUUUUAGUAAUUGAAAUUUUUGGAAGUGCACUUGGGCUGUUUGGCGUAAUUGUUGGAAUCAUUAUGUCGGCUCAAGCAGCGUUCCCAACAAAGGUUCAAUAGGAGGCAUAAUUUUACAACAAUUUCUGCCGUGAAAGUCUUCUUGGAGGGCAUUGUUUUUCAUGCACCAUGUUUUUACAUUGCAUUACAGUAGAUAAGUAUGUACUGAAAUGAGUUGAUUAUCUCUCAUUUAUGUGCACAAUCAUGGCAAUCAUAAUAUUUUAAUUUUAUCAGUCGCCAGCCCCUAACUUCCCAUUAAGAAGUUAAGCAUAUGAAUCUAGCAUUCUUGUGUAUUUGCUAGUAUAUAUCCAAAAUUUGGUUCAUUUGGUGAUGUCUACUCACGUCUAUAUUCCAGAUUAAUACAUCUGAUUUCCCUUU